GUUGCGGUUGUGUGUGGCAGUUGUCGCAUUUCUUCUGCCACCAUCCCGCAGACCGCAGAGCCACAACUCUCUCUGGCUUGCUCGUUUCCUACAUUUCCCUUCCGUCUUCUGCCCAACAACGACCUGCAUCUCGUGCUUGUUCUCUUCUCUCUCCCUCUCCCCCUCUCCCUCUCCCUCUUUCUCUUCCCACUCUCCCUCCCGACUCGUCCCCGUCCCUUAUCUAUACAAGGCAGCCAGCCCUCCGUCAUCCCCGUUUCGUUCCCGCGUUGUUUGGCUUUCCCGCUAGCAUAACCAAGAACGGGCCGCCACUCCAUCCAUCCAUCCAUCCAUCCAACACUUGGACAGGGUUCGAAUCGCAUCUCUCGCUAACCAAGCCGGCUGCGCUGCGUAACAACAGAGACCCCAAGACUUCCGUCUAGCAACAGCAAUAUCAGCUUCUCCCCAUCCAAAGGAAAGGCAUUAGAUGCAACACGGCCGAGGUCUCUCCCCUUCUCCCCCCCGCCAUCCUGCAGUCAAAACGGCAAAGGUCGGGCAAACAACGUAAGCCACUCGGGGGACAUUGAAAAUACCCAGGCGUGCUUCAAGUCACACAGAAAGCUGCUGCUGCAACACGACGGGGUUCGUUUCAACAUCGCCCAGCUCAUAUUGCCUGGAUACGCAAGGAAGAGAAGGACAUAACGACUGGACGGGGGCUCUUCUCUCUGUACAUCUCUUUGUCUGUGCCUCUCACUCUAACUUUCUCGCUCUCUUGACUCUUGACGACCACGACCGGUGUUGUGCUCCGAAUCCGAGGAAAUCGACGAUCGUUCUUUUGGAGUCUUGAUCACAAACACCUCGAAACCACGCCGAGCUCUGGUCCAUCCGCCUGUAUGUUUGUUGAGCAACGUCCCCCGAUCCUUCACCAUCUCGGGGAGCCUGUGGAUAGUCCUCUGAGCCAGCCGCGCGAGUACUGGUCGCUCGAACGGCGCUGCUCCACCAUGGCCGCGUCGUCGCACAACCCGUAUCCGCGAUCUCCCAACCCUUCAACGAGGUCGUACGACUCGUCGUCCGUCUCUUCGGCCACCUCUCCCAGACAACCUGCCCAGUACAUACCGCGCGGGCUGAUGAACACCGGGUCGAGGACAGCAGCGGUGCCGCCCCCUCAGCCUAUCGGCAUCCCCCCUCCGCUACCGCCAGUCAACCAGAACCAGAAUCAGAACCAGAACCAGAACCAGAACGCCUUUACGCCAUACACGCCCGUGACGGCCGGCUCGAUGAUGGGCCGCGACUCACUACCCUCAGCCGACUCGGUGGCGAGCACACCCGGCCCGUCAACGGCGUCGCUGCCACCCAUCUCCCAAGCCCAGAAGAGGGCGUACCGGCAGAGGAGGAAGGAUCCGAGCUGCGACGCGUGCCGCGAGAGAAAGGUCAAGUGCGACGCCACCGAGACGACGAGCUGCUCCGAGUGCUCCAGCCGCAACGUCAAGUGUCAGUUCACCAAGGAGACGAACCGGCGCAUGUCGUCCAUCAAGCAGGUGCAGGAUCUCGAGAAGCAGAUGGAGCGCCUGAGACGAGACAACAGCAACAUGAGGCGCAUGCUCCAGGAACGGGACGGCGGCGGUGGCGGCGGCAGCGGCAGCGGCAGCGGUGCCAUGGACAUUGACACGGAUGGCCUCGGCCUCGAUCAGCUUCCCCUUCUCCAGCUGCCGGAGAUCGGCUCCGAUCCCAAGCGGAGGAAACGGCCAGCCCCUAUCCACGACCUGGCCCGGGCGAGGUCCAACAUGCGCAUCUUCUCCCGCGGCAUCUGGAGACCGCCCUCUCAGUACCACCGCCAGCCGUCGUUGACGACGCCGCUCUUCGACCCCCAGAGACCCGACUUGCCCCCGAGGCAGACGACGGACCAGCUCCUCCACGCGUACUACGGCGCCGCCCACACCAUGUUCCCCAUCCUCCACUGGCCGACGUUCCAGACGGGCGUCGACGACCUCUACCGGAUCGGCAGCGCCAGGUCGGUGCAGCCGGCGUGGCUGUCGACCUUCUUCGCGGCCCUCGCCCUCGGCAGCCUCUUCAGCCAGGACCCCCCGACUCACCGGGCCUACCGGGCGGCCGAGCUGCUCGAAGUCGCCCGGGGCAUGAUCGACCCCUGGAACAACGACUACGUGCUCGACAACGUGCGCGCGCUGGUGCUCGUCACGCUUUGUCUCAACGAGAUGAACCAGCGGUCCGCCGCCUGGACAUGGCUCGGCACCGCCGUCCGCGCCGGGCAGGACCUCGGGCUGUACUCAGAGUCCGGCCCGUGGCCCGUCGUCGAAGGCGAGAUGCGCCGCCGCGUAUGGUGGACCAUCUACAUCCUCGACCGGAGCCUGGCCCUCGACCUGGGCCGCCCCGUGCUGAUCGAUGACGCCGACUGCGACGUCUCGCUACCCGCCGGCGUCGACGACCACUACAUCCACGAGGGCGGCAUCAUGGUGCCCCCCGGCCGCGAGCCCCUGAACCACUCCCUCCUGGCCCUGAUCAACGUCAUCAGGUCCUACUCAUCCCUCAUCAAGACGCUGGCCGCUCCCGUCGUGGUGCCCACAAGGCUCGCCACUUUCGACCAGCACUUCGUCACCUGCCUACGAGCCUUUCCCUCCGUCUGUGACACCUCUAGCAGGGGGCCGAUAUCUCCUCACCUCCUGACCCCUUUUGCCUACCUCCUCCACGCUCGCCUCGUCUUACACCGCCAUAACCUCUCGCCCAACUGUCCGCCCGACGCCCGCCUCGCCGCCAUGGAGCAGUGUACGCACACGGCCCUCGAGACGGCCUCGCUCCUUUCCCGCACGGCCCCGAACCUUGCCGACGGCGCCACCGCCCUCCUCACCACGCACGCCUUCCGCUGCACCCUCUUCCUCCUCCUGGCGGGCUACUGGGACCACGCCACGACGUGCCUGCGCACCCUCGCCUCCAUCGACGGGAGACGCGAUGUCGCCACUCCCUGCGGCCGCUUCCUCGCCUUCUUCGUGUCCGCCCUCAGCACGAAACGCAGCGAGUACGCCGCCUACGCCGCCAGAGGGACGCCCCCGAAGCCCUUCGCACCGCCUCCUCCUCCUUCUGCUCCUCUGUCCCAGGGCCGCCAGGGCCCGGCGGCGCUCCAGGAUGCCCUCCUGCAGGACGAAGAGCUCUUGGCCUACGUGAGCGCCGACCUGCAAGCGGCGCCUGAGUCCGCCUGGAUCUGGGCCGGUGGAGAGCGCGAGGCCGCCGCCAUCCUGUCCCCGACCUCGCCGGGCUCCAUCAUCACGGCACAAGGCGGCGGCGGCGGCGGUGGCGGCGCCAGCAGCGGCCUAUUCAGCGUCGAGCAGCGGACGGGUCUCAGCGAGGACGAGAUCAAGGAUUGGGGCGGCUGGGAGCGCCUCGAGGCGGCCGUCCGAGGGCUGGCGACCGGGAACGCGACGACGACGACUCCCACGCCCACGUCCGCGACGUGGUCCGCCCUGCCGGCCGGCAUCAAGACCGAGGGCACGCCGACGCUGCCCAGCAUCAUGACGGCCGCCGAGGGGGGCAGCAACGACAGCCCGACUGCGAGCACCAAGGGCCGGCCCCAGGACAGAUUGAGCAUUGCAAACAUCAUCUAGAGGAGGUGGUGAAGGGGGAGGGAGGGUUGGCCCAACCAAAGGGGCUGGGCCGGUUGGAUUGGAAUAUCCUUUAUGAAAGCCCCCCCUUAGAGGAUGUAUACACACAACUUGGGGUUGAUACAUCACCAAACGACGCCAGGCCAAACAAACUCAUGACCGUUUACGAACGUCACGGAAACGAACCCGGUCGGGCCACGUCAGAAAGAGCUACGGAUUGGCUUUGCUCACGAUGGUCCACCAACCACCAAACACACAAGUCAAGCUGCCGAAGUCCUGGUAUAGGACUCCGUUGUACGAUAAUGUGUUGACCAAGAAAAGGAGAAGGGCUUUUAGACACCGUCUUCGUUGCGGAAAUUCCUUCUCUCUUGCUGCGUCAACUUAUCUUUUCCCAAUUAUUUCAACUACUUCAACCCUAUUUAUUGUACCAGUCGUUCUCGCAACAUAUUCGAGCAGGUGCAGCGCGCAAUCCUCCAACCGUUCUUCAAACACCAUAAUGUCUACACACUUGUGCAUACCACCGAUGGAAGGGGGGGGGGGGGAUUGCGGUCGAGGGAUGGACUCGUGUAUUUAUCUUUUCUUGUUUACAUUUUGUCACAGCCUGGCUCGCUGGAUGACUGGGCGGUGGGUUCAAGCAGUUGUCAAGACUUGGACGAAAAGCCCUCUACUGAGUUUUGGGCAUGGCGAGGAAUGGACUUGAGGGCAAGGGGAUGAAAGCCUGGAAAGUCUGAAUAGGUGGUUGAUUUCGGGCGAAGGUGUUGGACACUCUUUCUUCAGGUUAUCUGGGGGUAGGAUGUGGAAAAGGCCGGGCCUUUUCCCUCGGAGCAGCACCCGGCGAAGAGGAUGAACGAGCUGGCUCCGGUCUUGGCUUUCUGUUGUCCAUUUCUACUGUUCAUCUUUACUUGUUUCCCGUUUUUUUCUAUCUUUUAUCAUACUCUUUUUUUUUUAUUCUCG